AUGGUCCAUAAAUUCCUGGAGAAGUUAUAUCCCCCUAGUGAGGCUAUUAAGAGGCAGCACGAGAUCAUUGCCUUUCAGAUGAUUCCUGCGGAGACUAUCAGAGAUGCAUGGGGGAGAUUCAAAGCCUUGCUGAAGAGGUGUCCCAAUCAUGGUCUGUCCCCAACAGUGCAAGUUAUUACAUUCUUUAAGGGAUGUUUACCUGAAGCGCAACGAGAGUUAAAUUUAAGCGCGGGAAGUAAUCUUCUCAAGAAAGGAGAGGAGGAGGCGAUAGAGGUAAUUGAAGAGCUUGCAUCCAGUGAUGAAGGAUGGAGCAACGAAAGGAGUAAGGUGCAUAGGGUGGCUUAUACCACGGAUCAUGAUACAAUGAGCACCUUAUCCGACAAGCUGGAUGCAUUAACUAUGAAGUUCGACUGCAUGGCGAUGGGGCAACCGUCUCAAGAGCCCCAAGGAAAUAUGGAGGAUGCGAAUUAUGUGCAGCAAGGGGGCAACAGGUAUUACAACAACUCACGCCCGAACUUUAAUAGUUUGAGGAUACAACCACCUCCUCCGAGACUCACAGUUUCUGAUGGGAUGAUGAGCGACCCCAAGAAGAUGAUCACGGAGGACAUACUCAAGUCCUUCAUGCUACAAUCUAAUAAGGUCAUGGAGCAGAACAAUCAAAGGAUGGAGAAGGUCGAGGCGGAUGUACAGGGAAUGGCCACGCAUUUGAAGAACAUUGAUAUUCAAAUCAGCCAGAUUUCCCAGACUGUGAGCACUCUUAUGCAACCAGGAAAGUUCCCUUCUACCACUAUCAUCAAUCCCAAGGAUUGCAAAGCUAUACAUCUGAGGAGUGGAACAAACUACGACGGACCUUCAAUGCCAUCCGGGAAUGAGGGUAGAGUAGCAGAAAAGAGAGCUGAAGAGGAGGAAUUGGUCAAAGAAGGUGAGACAGUGCAAAUUUCUACUCCACCUAAGGAGAACACGACUAUACCUUCACCCACACCACCUACAGCUCAUACUCCAGCUGAAGUGAGGAUCCCUUAUCCUCAACGUGUUCAAAAGAAGAAGACAGAUGCUCAAUUCUCGAGGUUCUUAGACAUUUUCAGGAAGGUGAACUUGAAUAUCCCAUUGGUGGAGGCACUUCAAGAAAUGCCUACAUAUGCAAAGUUCUUAAAAGAUGUGCUCUCCAAGAAGAAGAAGUGGACUGACUAUGAGACGCUGCCGGCCAAGCUUAAAGAUCCUGGGAGUUUCAACAUCUCAUGCGUCAUUGGAAAUGACAGACAGACAAAGGCACUUUGUGAUCUGGGGGCGAGCAUAAAUUCGAUGCCUUUAUCAUUUUUCAGAAAGAUGAAGAUCGGCACUCUCAAGCCGACUACAAUCACACUGCAGAUGGCAGAUAGAACCAUCACCUAUCCUAAAGGAAUUGUUGAGGACGUUCUUGUGAAGGUACACGACUUCAUAUUUCCUGUCGAUUUUGUAGUGUUGGAUAUGGAAGAAGACGUGAAUGUACCGCUUAUCCUGGGGCGUCCAUUCCUUGCAACGGAAAAGCAUUGA